CCCCGGCACAGUUCCCCCCUCUUGGCAGCUUCGCUUUGUGACUUCACCCGCUGAAGUCACUCCGGAGACAAUGCCGAGCGUUCUACCUCCAGCCAAGGCCAGGCCCAGCCUGCUCAGAGGCCUCUCCCACAGUGUAAAUGAGGACACUGUUGGCCCAUGUGGGGAGGGGAUGUAGAUAACAGCGUCAAGAGGCAUCGGUUGCUUCUGGCACCAUGGACGAUGCCACAGUCCUAAGGAAGAAGGGUUACAUCGUUGGGAUCAAUUUGGGGAAAGGCUCUUAUGCUAAAGUGAAAUCCGCUUACUCUGAGCGCCUGAAAUUCAAUGUGGCGGUCAAGAUCAUCGACCGCAAAAAAACACCCACUGACUUUGUGGAGCGGUUCCUGCCCCGGGAGAUGGACAUCUUAGCUACGGUCAACCAUCGCUCCAUCAUCAAGACCUACGAGAUCUUCGAAACGUCCGAUGGAAGGAUCUACAUCGUCAUGGAGCUUGGGGUCCAAGGGGACCUCCUGGAGUUCAUUAAAUGCCGGGGCGCCCUGCACGAGGACGUGGCUCGCAAGAUGUUCCGCCAGCUCUCCUCGGCCGUCAAGUACUGCCACGACCUGGACGUCGUCCACCGCGACCUCAAGUGCGAGAACCUCCUGCUCGACAAAGACUUCAACAUCAAGCUGUCGGACUUCGGGUUCUCCAAGCGCUGCAUACGGGAUGGCAAUGGGAGAAUCAUCCUCAGCAAGACCUUCUGCGGGUCGGCGGCCUACGCGGCCCCCGAGGUGCUCCAGGGCAUCCCCUACCAGCCCAAGGUGUACGACAUCUGGAGCCUGGGCGUGAUUCUCUACAUCAUGGUCUGCGGCGCCAUGCCGUACGACGACUCCGACAUCAAGAAGAUGCUGCGCAUCCAGAAGGAGCACCGCGUGGACUUCCCCCGCUCCAAGAACCUGACGGGCGAAUGCAAGGACCUCAUCUACCGCAUCCUACAGCCCGACGUCAAUCGGCGGCUGCACAUCGACGAGAUCCUCAGCCACACCUGGAUGCAGCCGCCCAAGCCCAGAGUCACACCCUCAGCCUCCUUCAAGCGGGAGGGGGAGGGGAAGUACAGGUCUGAGUAUAAGCAGCUGGACUCGAGGACGGCCGCCAAGCAGGAACACAGACCCGAUCACAAGCUGGGAGCCAAGACUCAGCACAGGCUGCUGGUGGUCCCCGAGAACGAGGAGACCAAGCCUGAAGAACGGCUGGCUGAGACGUCCAAGACCAAAGACCAUCCGCCAGGAUCUGAGGUGGGGAAAGCUCAUGGCUAAAGGUGGCCGGCCGUCUUGCCCCUCUCCCCCAAGGUAGUCUCUGUCACGUAGCUUCCAUACAAGUAGCUAAGUGGGCAGGUGGGAGCAGAAGAAGGCACGGGGUGCAAGCAAAAAGUAAAAUCUCUCAAUUAAACCACUAUUUUGAUUACGUUCUAUAGCUUUCUUCCCACUCAGUAGCGGAAAUACUACUUGCUAAUCACCAAAUAAAUCACAAAGUCUAUACAAGUGCAAACAA